AUGGUCGAUGCCUUCGCUGUCAGCAAUCUCCAUUCUUGCGUUGAGUAUUGGGGUGAGAAGUUCGUCACAGAGAUGUUCAAUACAGCUUCCACAUUCGCCUAUAUUGAUGCGCCGCCAGCGGGGCCCUUGUCCCAGAACGAAAAGAAUCGGAUACAGCGUGCGUUGUACCGUUUCGAGGUCUAUCAAAACCUUUGUCGAGACUCUGAUGUUCGCGAAAAUAGAGGCUUGCUCAUCUGCAAAUUUUCCGACUGUGAAAAUGAACAGCUUGCAUGUGUCCAUGACUACCUCUUCCGCGCCGUUUUGGUGAAGCACGGCACCGAGCUCUAG